GAAAUGUCAAUGUCACUGUCAAUCACUGAUAAACAUUAUCAUAUAACAUAUAAAAUCAACAGUUAAAAUUGUUAAAAAUACCUUAUAAUUAUUAAUUCUCAUCAAAAACAAUGUCGAUUUUACCGUACACAAAAACUUUGUUUUCUGCAAUCAAAUGUUACGCACAGAAUGGCCCUAACAAAGUUACUGUUAGAAGUUUGAUGUCGAAGCAGUUGGUUUACAGUGAAUUUGGAGAUCCACUGCAUGUAGUAAAAUUCAGGGAAUGCGAAGUACCUCCAAUAGGCAGUCAAGAGGUGCUAGUCCGCAUGCUCGCUGCACCGGUCAACCCAGCCGACAUAAAUACCAUUCAAGGCAAGUAUCCAGUGAAAGUUAAUUUGCCCUGUAUACCAGGCAAUGAGGGUGUGGGUGUUGUUGAAGAGAUAGGUGAAGAUGUUAUGGGAAUUUGUCCAGGAAACAAAGUUAUUAUUACAAAACCAGUUCAAGGCACUUGGAGGAACAUUGCUACCUUUAACAAAGAUGUGUUAAAAGUUGUCCCUGAUAACUUGGGUCUUGUAGAAGCAGCAACGCUUACUGUAAACCCCUGUACUGCAUACAGAAUGCUAUCUGAUUUUAAGUCCGUAAAAGAUGGAUUAGUGGUAAUACAAAACGGUGCAAACAGUGCUUGUGGACAAAAUGUCAUACAAAUCUGCAAAGCUUGGGGUGUCAAAAAUAUUAAUAUUGUAAGAAACAGACCUGAAAUUAGUGAUUUAAAGAAGUACUUAGAAUGUUUGGGGGCUACAUACGUACUGACUGAAGAAGAAUUACGCUCAACAACAAUCUUUAAAGACAAGAAGAUUAAUCGGCCCUCUCUGGCAUUAAACUGCGUAGGGGGUAAAAGUUCAUUGGAAAUGUUACGACAUUUACAACAUUCAGGCUCAAUGGUUACAUAUGGUGGAAUGUCAAGAGAUCCAGUCACAAUACCUACAUCAUCAUUUAUUUUUAAAAAUCUGUCAUUCUUUGGAUUCUGGAUGACAGCUUGGAAUGAAAAAGCAAAUGCUGCUGACAAAGACAAAAUGAUGUCAGAAAUAAUAGCUUUAAUGUGUGAUGGAAAACUGCAAGGUCCAGUGCAUAAGAUGGUGAAAUUUGAUAACUAUAAAGAUGCAUUAGCAAAUGCACUUACUGCAAAAGGCUUUACUGGAUGAAAAAAUCUAUGUCUACCUUCUUUACCAACUAUACCUGGUGAUGAAGGUGUGGGAGAAGUAUUAGAAGUAGGAAGACAUGUAUGCACAGUGGAGCCUGGUGACAGAGUAGUACUUGCUUCAAGAUUGCUUGGCACUUGGAGAUACUAUGGAAUAUACCAUGAAAGAGAUGUCCAUGUGAUCUCACCUAAUUUAGCAUUACCAGAGGCUUCGAUGCUCACCAUUGCGCCCUGUAUGGCGUACAGAAUGAUAAAAGACUUCAGGCACAUGCUCCCUGGUGAAACUAUCAUACAAAAUGCUGCUAAUAGCCCUUGUGGACAGUGUGUUAUACAAUUAUGUAAGGCUUGGGGUAUUAAUACUUUCAAUAUAGUGGCUAAUCACUGUGGCUAUGAAAGUGUAAAAGAAUAUCUGAUGAAAAUUGGAGCAACUGCUGUUUAUACGUUAGAGGAGGCUGAAGAGUUAACUUGUUUCGAUACAUCGUUAACCAGGCCUGUCCUGGCUCUAAAUUGUUUGGGAGGAAGGUUUGAAGAUGUUGUGCUGAAAUUACUGGAGCGUAAUGGAGUUAUGGUAUAUUAUGGAUGUGGGUUUGAUGUGCCUAUGGUGAAACAAUUUUUACGUUGUGAUGCUACAUUUUAUAAAUUUCAUUUAUGCGAUUGGGAUUCACGAGCAUCGUGUGUUGAAAAAGAUAUCAUGUUCAAUGAAAUUGUGAAAUUAAUGGUAGUUGGAAAAUUCAAAGCCCCAGUUUAUGAGCCUGUAGAACUCAAAAAUUACGUCUACGCUUUUAGAAAUACUGUUCAUUGUGAAGCAUUUUCAAGAGUCAAUUUUGUAUUUGAUUUUACAUUACCCUAAACGUUACAUACAAUUUUUUGUACAA